AUGCCACAGGAGGCUCUGGAGAUGCGCCGGCCCGAGUUUAUCUGGCGGUCCAAGCAGAGGAUGAGGAGCCUGGCUCUGCAGAUGGAGGAGAGGAGGCUGCAGGCCGCCUUCAGCCGGGAGGGAGACGCUCCGUGGCACCAGGCGGGGGGGCGGCCGAGGCCUGCAGGCAUCCCGCUGCAGAGAGCAGGGGUGCCGAGGAGGGCUGUUCCCAGGAAGGAGAUGAUCCAGAGGUCCAAACAAAUAUACGAGAGUCUACCAGAGGUGCAAAGAAAGAAAGAACAGGAGAGAAGGAAAGCCGAGUAUCGGUCCUACAGACUGAAUGCCCAGCUCUACAACCAGAGGGUCAGAAACCGGGUUCUGGGCAGAAGAUCAGCCUGGGAGUGA